AUGGAACGGUGGCCAGAAGUUGAGACUUGUGUGGAAUGCUCAGCAAAAACUAUGAAGAAUGUGAGCGAGAUAUUCUUCUAUGCGCAGAAAGCCGUUGUGCACCCUACAAGGCCGCUCUAUGAUGCCGAUGAGAAGCGGCUGACGGAUAAAACUCGAAAAGCACUCAUUCGAGUGUUCAAG